GACGCCGUUGGACUUUGGACGCUCUGCGCUGCACCGGCGGGGAAGUUAGCAAGCCAGCGGGACAAACACAUUUACCGACAAACUACGGUGAUUUACUAAGAUCAAACAUGGCCCUCACUCAAGUGUCCUCCAACAAAUGCGCCGGUGGCUUCCAGAAGGUUUUCGAACACGAAAGCACCGAGUUGAAGUGCAAGAUGAAGUUUGCCGUUUAUCUGCCUCCCAAAGCCGAGACCGACAAGUGUCCCGUCAUGUACUGGCUCUCUGGCCUGACGUGCACGGAGCAGAACUUCAUCACCAAAUCUGGAAGCCAGCUCGCCGCCGCCGAACACGGCAUCAUCAUCGUAGCUCCAGACACCAGCCCACGCGGCUGCGGCAUCGAAGGGGAGGAUGAAAACUGGGAUUUCGGCACCGGAGCUGGUUUCUACGUCAACUCCACCCAGGACCCCUGGAAGACCAACUACCGCAUGUACGCGUACGUCACCGAGGAGCUCCCUAAACUGAUCAACGCUAACUUCCCCACCGACCCAGACAGGAUGUCCGUCUCUGGACACUCCAUGGGCGGCCACGGGGCGCUCAUCUGUGCCCUGAAGAACCCUGGGAAAUACAAGGCGGUUUCUGCGUUCGCCCCCAUCUGCAACCCGAUGCAGUGUCCCUGGGGACAGAAGGCCUUCGCCGGAUACCUGGGCUCUGACAGGUCCACGUGGGAGGCGUACGACGCCACCGUGUUGGCGGCGUCCUACUCCGGUCCUCAGCUCGACAUCCUCAUCGAUCAGGGCCAAGACGACCAGUUCCUGUCGGCCAGCCAGCUGCUGCCCGACAACCUGAUCGCCGUCUGCUCCGAGAAGAAGAUCCCCGUCGUCUUCAGGCUGCAGCCGGGCUACGACCACAGCUACUUCUUCAUCUACUCCUUCAUCGGCGACCACAUCAAGCAUCACGCCAAGUACCUGAACGCCUGAAGCAGCAGCACGCGGCCGGCCGACGUCCUUCCACCAGUCACGCUUCUCUGUUUCGAACCUCAGCGAGUCAGUUUGAACCAAUCGGGAGCCUCGGUGCCUUCAAGUCUGAGCGGCUCAGGUGGAAACAGGAAGUUUGGUUUUGCAGUGUUUCUGGGUCACAGAGGUCAUGUGGAGUUUUCUGAGAAUAAAUAAAAUCUUUGGAUAUUCA